CGUAGAGACGCAGACAGUUUGUCAGUGUUGCUGUAGUGAAUUCAUCUGGUUUCACAGGGUGACGGAGACUCAGCCUGUCGGGGCUUAGAGUAGAAAAGUUGCUUUAAUAAUUAACCGAGAUAUAACUGAGAUAUAACUUUAGAGAGAUGUAUGUCCUUUCUGACAGCGGCAUUAACCAGUUAGUAGUUAGCAAAUAUCGGAAGCUCUUUUAAAUUUAAGGACUUCAACCUUUAAAUAAGUGAAACCGGAAACAAGUCAACGCCGAGGCUGAGCCUUAUUUCAGGAGCGUGUUGGUCAUGUGACAGUGAGGCCGCAAAGGAUUAUGGGAUGGUAUUGAUAAAUAUCGGAUAUCGAGUCAAAAAUAUUCAUACGGGCUUCCAGUGAGGGAAGUCCUGGUUAAACUGGUUCCUGUUUGGUCGGGUUCCAGCUGUCCGUCGGUCCAGUGGGACCAGCAGUUGCACUGCGGCGGUUCUGGACGGGACGGGCGUCAGGAUGCCUCUGUUCUCCAGGAGGAGGAAGCCCAGCGAGGAUUCCAAGAAGAGGCUGGAGCAUCAGCUGUACUGGUCCAACCAGGAAGGAGCCGACGACAUCCUGGAUGUCUCAGCCUGCGAGCUAACAGAGCUGCCGACCAAAGUCUUCUCCAUCUGCAAGGUCCAGCAGAAGAAGGUGCUGAUCCUCCACACCAAUGAGCUGAAGUUUCUGCUGCCUAAAGGAUGUGACAUCUGUUGCUUAGCAACCUUAAAGGUUUUGGAUCUGCAUGAGAACAAGCUGAGUGUUCUGCCAGAGGAGAUCGGGACCCUGACCAAACUGCAGAUCCUGAAUGUGGAGAAGAACCGUCUGAAGGUUCUGCCAGAGUCCGUCUGUAGGCUGCAGCUGCUGCAGACGCUCAACUUGAAGGGAAACUGCCUGAUGGAGCUGCCAGCGGCCAUCGGCUCCCUGAGCAGCCUGCGAACCCUGGACAUCAGCGACAACAACGUCCUGCAGCUGCCCAAACAUCUGGCCCACAUCCGCACCUUAGAGAGCUUCACUCUGGAUGCUGCUAGCAUGACCUACCCUCCUGCCUCCAUCUGCUCAGAGGGAACGGAGAGCAUCCAGCGCUUCCUCUGUGACGAGCUGGGUGAGGAGUACUGCGCUCCGUCUCAGUACCUGCUGCCGGUUCUGGAGAGCGAAUGCAGUAAACCCGGUUCUGACUGUCUGGACGGGCUGGAGGAGGCCUGGCAGAGCAAAUUCAGCGACUAUGAGAGGAGGAAGGAGCUAAAGCUGCAGGAGAAGCUGGCGUUUGAGCGCCACCUGGAGGAGAAACACAGGGAGCACACCCAGCUUCUCCUCAUGAACAAUUCCCACAAGGAGAACAUCCUGAACUCGGUCCGACAGGACCAGCAGCGCGUGGAGCUCGGGUUCAGCCAGCAGCAGAGAGCUCAGGAGGCCGAGAGGCAGCAGGUUCUGGAGCGGGUCCGGCAGGCCGAGGACAACAUCAGCGGCCGCAUCAGCAGCCUGCUGAUGGACAACAGCAGGCAGAAGAAGAGCGCGGAGUUCCUCCAGGCCAUGGAGGAGGACCGGAUCCGCAUGGAGCAGCUGACGGCCGUCACCCAGGAGGAGGCCGGUUCCCUGAGGAGGAGGGAGGUGGCAGCUGCCAUGCAGAAGAUGCUGUCAGACGGCUACACCAUGAGUCUCCUGCAGUCGGCCAGCGACAGCCGCAGGCAGAGCCUGGUGUCUGAGGCGCACCGCAGCCUGGAGUCUCUGGACAGGAAGUUCGACAGGAUGUUGUCGCUCCAGGUUCUGGACAAGUCCAAGGCCAUCGCUCAGAUCCUGCAGGAGGAGGAGAUGCAGAAAGCUGCGUUCCAGGCGCUGCAGCUGCAGAAGGACGCCGUCCACGUCUACAUCCGCAGCCAGAUCAAACUCAUUGAGGCCGAACUCAUGCAGCUCACUAAGCUGGAGGUGAAGAGACGCAGCCUGGACGCCGAGAGCCUGCAGGAGGUCCUGGUGGAGCAGCGCACAGCGCUCAGCGACCUGCUGCAGCAGCUGCUGAAGCAGAGGGACCAGCGGGAGCAGGAGCUGCGGCAGGUUCUGGUGGAGAUAGAGAAGAAGUCGGACUCCAGCCAGCAGAACUACUGGAUGAUCCAGUACCAGCGGCUGCUGGACGCCAAGCCGCUGGCGCUCCGGAUGCAGGAAGCCGGUCUGGAGACGGAGCUGGUGAACCUGCUCUGCAGACUGUCGGCUCAGCACUACCUGCCUGUCCUGGCCCACCACCACGUCACCAUGGAAACGCUGCGCCACAUGACGGUGUCGGACCUCAAGAAGCUGGACGUCCAGGAAGCCGGGAUCCAGAAAGCUCUGCUGAGCUGGGCCCGGGACCGCCUGCCUGCAGGAACCAGCAAAGCAGAAACUCCGACAGGUCUGACCCCGCCCCCGUCUCCUGUGCUGCCCUGCACCGCCACCGCGCCGACCCCGAGCCCGCCGCGGUCGCCGCGGACCCCAGGGACCCCAGGGACCCCCGUCACGCCCUCCGCCCCCACACCGGUGGAGGGGCCGGGCAGCUCAGAGUGCGUGGUCUGCAUGGAGACCGGGGCUCAGGUCGUCUUCCUGCCCUGCGGUCACGUCUGCUGCUGCCAGGUCUGCAGCGACGCCCUGCAGAACUGCCCUCUGUGCCGCAGCAACAUCUCCCAGCGCAUACGGCUCUACCAGAACUAGAACCGGACCGGAACCGGGCCAGAACCGGACGGCUCCCUGUGUAUUUAUGCAUGAUCCUCAAGCUGCUGAGGAAACGAGUAAAAACUCUCAGCUGGUUUUCAAGAUCCAUCAACAGAACCGUGAGACGAGUUUCUGUGGAUUCUCUCUGUGGGUCAGAACCGGGCCGGUUCUGUUGGUGCCUCUCAUCAUGUGAAUCGUUCUGCUGUUUUAGAAAAAGUAGCAGCAGAUGUUUCCACGCAGCAGCGGCUGGUUUAGUUUUACACUUUGAGGAAUUCCUCCAUGUUUAUUAUUAUUGUUACUUUAUGAGUUUUAAAACAAUUAAAAAGUUUUAAUUAACUCCAAUCAGCAGCCUGGGUCGGAAUAUUAAAGCACUUUAAACUGAUAGAAAAUAGAAAAGACUUAGAAAAUAUUUAAAGUUUUCAGAAGGCGAUGAAAACAUGCAGUAAAUAUAUAUUUUUGUUUGUUAUUUUAGCUUCUUUUCUUUGUUCUCAUGCGGUUAAUAAGAUACAAACUAUUUAAUCAGGCUUUUCUGUUCAGAACAGGUGAAGUUGUUUAAAUUAGCCGACAUUUAAUAAAUUGGUCAUCAUUUAAAGAUGAUUUUCUGAUGCUGUUACUCUAAAGUGCUCUUAUCUCUUCAGACAAUAUCAGGCUGAAUGUUUAGGAUAUUUACACCACAUUUAAAUGUGACAUUUAAAGCUGUAAGACAAUAAAAUCAAACCUGUAAUCAUCCAGUGGCUGGAAGCUUUCUGUUGCGUUCAGGAGCCGUUUUUAGGUCUGGAUUGUUCAGCGUUUAAGAGACCGGAGCGAACAGAAUGGACCAACAUUCAGAACCAGUUGAAAUGUUACUGGGAGUUCUGGGCUCAGUCUUCAAACACCGACCAGACUUUGAAAACCUGCUUUCCUAUUAAUAUGUAAUGUUGUUGUGUAUUUAUAAACCGCUGCGUUUGUCUCCAGCAUGUCGCCGCUUAUACUGCCAUCUACUGGUCAGCCUGUGUAGGCUCACGAAAACUAAACUAUAAAAAUACAGAUAAAUUCAACGUGAGAUUUUGGUUCUGAUGAACCACAACUUAAAUGUGACUUUAGAAAAUAACCUUUAAGUACUAAAAU